AUGAGUGGUCACGAAGUGGGUAACGGAGUAAGAACCCGGACAAUUAUCACAAUGGGCGACGCAACAGUUGUCGGUGCAAAGUGGCGGCUCGUUGAGCUGGGCCGCGUCGUCCUUCUGCAGGGCAACGGCCCGUACGCUGGCCGUCUGGCCACGAUCGUCGAGAUCAUCGACCACAAGCGGGCUCUUGUCGACGGACCUGCGACAGAGGCCAACCCUGGUGGCGUGCCUCGGCAAUCGAUCUCCUUCUCGGACGUGCUUCUCACCGGCAUAGUGGUGCACCAGCUGACCCUCAGCGCGCGGUCGGGUGCGGUCAAGCGCGCCUGGGAGGCGGCCAAGGUCGACGAGCAGUGGAAGGCGAGCAACUGGUACAAGAAGCGGGUGCAGAACGAGCGGCGGAAGGCCCUGACCGACUUUGACCGCUUCAAGGUCAUGCGGUUGAAGAAGCAGCGGCGCUUCGAGGAGGGCAAGGCCCUGGCCAAGAUCAAGGCCAGCGCAUAG